AUGGACUCCUCAUCAUACUGGUCAUACGACAACAUUGUUCCAAGUUUUAGAUUGGAUGGAAAAUUAGUAAUUAUCACUGGUGGUUCUGGUGGUUUGUCCGCUGUUGUUUCCAGAGCCUUGUUAGCAAAAGGUGCUGAUAUUGCUUUGAUUGAUAUGAACUUGGAAAGAACCCAACAAGCCGCAAGAGAUGUUUUACAAUGGGGUGAAGAACAAAUGAAAGGAAAACACGAAUCUCCAAUUGGUCAAGUCAGUGCUUGGUCCUGUAACAUUGGUGAUGCUGAAGCUGUUGAAUUGACAUUCAAAGCCAUCAACGAACACCACGGUAAAGUUGCCAGUGUUUUGAUUAACACAGCUGGUUAUGCUGAAAAUUUCCCUGCUGAAGAAUACCCAGCCAAGAAUGCCGAAAAUAUCAUGAAGGUCAAUGGUUUAGGAUCCUUUUACGUCUCACAAGCUUUCGCCAGACCUUUGAUUCAAAAUAACAUGACUGGCUCUAUUAUCUUGAUUGGUUCUAUGUCUGGUACCAUUGUCAACGAUCCACAACCACAAUGUAUGUACAACAUGUCCAAAGCUGGUGUCAUUCACUUGGCCAGAUCUUUAGCAUGUGAAUGGGCCAAAUACAACAUCAGAGUCAAUACCUUGUCCCCAGGUUAUAUUUUGACUCCAUUGACAAGAAAUGUUAUUAGUGGUCACACUGAAAUGAAGACAGAAUGGGAAUCCAAGAUUCCAAUGAAGAGAAUGGCCGAGCCAAAAGAAUUUGUCGGUUCUAUUUUGUACUUGGCUUCUGAUUCUGCCUCUUCCUACACUACUGGUCACAAUUUGGUAGUGGAUGGUGGUUACGAAUGUUGGUAA